CAACAACAGCAACAGACACAUGUAGCUGUGGCACAGGUGCACCUGUUGAAGGACCAGCUGAGUGCGGAGGCUACAGCCAGACUGGAGGCCCAGGCCAGAGUGCACCAGCUGCUGCUCCAGAACAAGGACCUGCUGCAGCACAUCUCUCUACUGGUCAAACAGAUCCAGGAGCUGGAGGUCAAAAUGUCAGGACCCUGCUCCAUGGGUUCCCAGGAUAGUCUGUUGGAGAUCACUUUCCGUUCCACCGUCCCCCCAGUUUUGUGUGACCCUACGACCCCGCGACCCCAGGACCAUGUCAACCUAACCCUGCCAGCGCUGGGCAUCAACAUGGGCAUGGGCCAGGACAGGAUGGCCGCCCCCCUCUCCUCCUCCUCCCUGCCCCUAGGCAGCCCCCUAGUUGACCAGAGUAUGUUUGAGAACUCCAACGCCUCCAGAGCUCCAGGCCAGGGGCUCCAGGCCUCCAGGUUGACCCAGGCCUCUGCCCGUCGCUCCCUGGUCACGGCUAACCCUGCCCUGGGUAGCGGCCCUGCCGAGGCCCCCACCUCCACCACUAUCGCUGGAGGUCAGCAUAGGCUGAAGAACGCCCUGAACCUGGGCAAGGUGGUGGGGGCAAAGGUCAACGACCUGUUGCGGAGGAAGGAGCCCAGUCUUCUAGGAGACAUCGGGGUCACAGAGGUCAACAAGAACGUAGGAGCAGUCUGGAGCAAUAUGGAGGAGAUGACCCUAGGGACUACUGCCAAUAGUCAUACCUCUCUGGACUCCUUCCCUCGUCUGGACCCCCCUCCCCCCAGUAAGAAGCGUCUUCCUCGCGCCCUGAAGACCACCCAGGACAUGAUGAUCUCAUCUGACCCUGUCGUCACCACUCCCCCUGAGACCCCCGAUCACUCCCUCCUCUCCUCCCCUGACAAGACCCCCCUCAUCAGCAAGGAGCAGACCUUACCCCAGGGAGAGAGGGAUGGAGAGAACGAUGGAGGGAGAGACGGAUUCACCGGACUGACUAGCUCUCUGGACAGCGAGAGGAAAGAGGAGGAUGAGGUGGUGGAGAUAGAGAGAAAUGGGAGUAGUAAGAUGGAUGGAGUGGAAGGGGAUGAGACAGAAGAGAGGAGAGAGCCAGAGAAGACCCAGAUUCAGCUCCAGCUCUCUGUCCCAGAUCUCAUCCAUAAGGACCACCCGGACCCCCACAGGUCGAAGACGUCUGAGCACAGGCAGAAGGCCCCGGGAGUGGACAUGAGGCUGGCCUCCACCCCCGUGAAGGCUCCAUACAGGAUCAGUCUGAGUGUAAGUGAGGAUGGGCUGAUUGAGAACGGCUCCCUCUGUAUGAGAGGAUCAGCAGUUACAGACACAGAGGAGCCUGAACAACACCCCGACCUGCUCUCCUUUGAGUAGAGACACACACAAACACACACACACACACAUACAUACAUACACACAUAAAUACACACACAUACAUGGAUACAUACAUACAUACAUACACACACAGACCCUGAACCUCUGAGGCCCCAAAACAGUAGAGAGGGUGAGAUGGGGGGGAACAGCAAUGUGGAGAGGACUUGGCAGAGGGAGAGGAGAAGACAGAGAUUGUUUGUGUAAGAAAAUAAGAAGGAGAGAGGAUGUUUUUGACUAGACCCUAGACUAGGAUUAGGGGAUAGAGAUAUAGAUUGAGAUGUAGUGUGUUUGAAUGUGAGUGGGAGUUGGAUAUAGUGGGAGAGGAGUGGAUAAAGGAAGGGUAUGUGUGAGAGAGGUAGAGAGAACAAGACAGAGAAAGAGGAUCUAUUUUAGCAUCAUGAAGGGACAGACCAAAACCUCUUGGUCUGCCAAACAUUGUUUUAUAACCUUGUUUUAAGUCAUGUUUUAUAGUGUUAAUCUUAGAAGAUAAUGCUGAAAGAAGAUUUAUACCCAAGGAUUCUAGAUAUCUAGAUUUCAAAUAAAUAAUUUGAAAUGUCAUAGUACCCUUUCAUGCUGAGACAGAAUGUAUUUUGUAUGAGCUUUUAUAACUGUUGCCCUUAAGAAAAUAUCAAGCAUUCAGCGCUAAAUAUGAAAACAUGACCAGUGGCGUAACGCAGUUUCACGGGGCCCCCUCGGAAGGUCUUGCGUGGAUUGCGGGGGUGUCAGGUACACCAGUGAACACGACAUAAACACUGACUAAUAUGAUUCAACACCACAAGCACUUUCUCUGUUUUUAUACGCCCACUGUUCCUCAUUCUCACUCCACAAGUGGAGACAUGUAUUGUGGGAGACGUGAGAUUGGGUUUGUUCAGCCUGUGUGUGUCUGGUUUAUGUUUGUUGAUCGACAGUCAUUGUUUUAGUAGUGCCACUCACAGUCCUGUUGUUUUAUUUCCUUUUUAUGUGUCAUCUUUAUUUUGUCAUUUGUUUUGAAGUAAUGGAUCAUUCUGCCAAAAAAAAGUUUUGACAGAAAAUAUCACAAACACACACACACACACACACUCACAGGACACAUAGUAGGACAGAAUGAGGGGAAUGUAAGGCAGGUCUCUCCCACAGCCUCCUCACCACUCCACUCAUCCACUCCACCUCUUCCCCUCUCCUUCACUCCUCCUCUUCCCCUCUCCUCCACUCCUUCCUGAGAUGAACAAACAGAUAUAAUCCACUACCACAGCCUUUUUAUGCUCCUAGCACAGAUUAAUGAGACUUCACACCAGUGUCUCACAAAACUGACCGUAGAUCAGUGUGCAGGGGAACUACUACUCCAAUAGAACAAUGCUUAGUUAUUCUGGGUGGGGUGCAAUUAGGGUGUAUGUGGAUAUGUGCUUCCAUCAGUCAGCACACAGAGUAUUAGUCUGGACCCAGUAUCUCUGGAAUGUAGUAGCCAAACACUGAGACUGGAGAGAGCGAGAGGGAGAGGGAGAGGGAGGGAGAGAGGGAGAGGG